AACAAACAAAGCGCCGUUACACUGGCACCACCCGUCGUUUUGUCAACAUCAAAUACCAUUACAAUUGAGACAACGACCUCAACAUCGUCACCGCAGCACUGCCAUAGCGGUGGCAUCACCGGUGUUGCGGUCGGCGUCGGCGUUGGUGUUGGCGUCAACGUCAGCAGCGCCGCCAAUGUCGGCCUGGGCAGCAUUGGCAUCGGCAGCACGCUCUGUAGCAGCGGCGACAGCGGCAUUUCAUCGUCAACGCCAUCGCUGGUCUCGCAACUUUCACCGCCACCCACCAUAAUAUGCAGCCUGCCAACGUCGACGAUCUCAAAUAAUAUUGCGAUUAGCGCUAGUGUCGGCGCGGCAAUAUGCAGUAGCGGCGCGGUAGCAGCUGGUCGCUGUAGUCCCAUUAUCACCGGCAAUUACUGUGCGCUCAGCAAUGGUCUGGCAGGUAUUUCGGUGUCCAGUCACACAACUACCACGUCGAUUUAUGGUGGCGGUGGCAACAACAGCAAUUGCAAUAUCAUAAACAAACCGAAAUCAUCUUUAAGUCCGCUACAACGCCUACCCAUCAGCGGUAAUCUUUCCACAUAUGGUAGUGGUAGCGGCGGCGGCGGCGGUGGCUUCGGCGGCAGUGGUGGUGGUGGCGUUGGUGUUAGUGGACCAGGUUUUACAUUACUCACCGGCAGCAAUAGUCAUUUGAGUAGCAUUUCACCGGCGCUCAGUGCCAGCACACCACUAAGCAGCGGCAUGAGCGGCGGCAGCAGUAAUAAUGCCACGAACUAUUUGAGCAGCAUGAAAUUGCUUGGGCCCGCUUCCAUCGAUUUGGGCACAACACCGCUAACGCAUCGCAAUUACAGCACAAUUAAAGGUUUUAGCUUUCGGCGCAGUUUUGAUGACAAAAUCAUUGCGCCACUUAACAGCGGUAACAGCAGCGGCAGCGGCGUCGCUGUUGGCAGUGGUGCCGGUAUCGGCGGUCACAGCAAUUAUUUAACGCAUCAUCACUUCCAUACACACUUCCACCACCCAACGUCCGCCAUGCAGAAACAAUCGUCCAUUGAUCGGCACAUAAGCGGUGGUGGCGGCAGUGGUGUCGGUGGUGUGGGCGUUAUGUCGCAUUCCACACACUAUCCGCUGACGUCGUCGCAAUCGUCGACGAAACUCUCGUAUCGUGAUGAUUUUCUGCAGCAAAUUGGCUACUUGCCGACGACGCGCAUCUUCAACACCAGCAUCGAUGAAGACCGACAGCAGGAGUUCCUGUCGUUGUCCAUGUCGCCGCCUUUGAAUCGCCGCCGGGACAUGCCGGCGUUGCGUGGCAUCAUUAGCCUUUCCGAACCUCGUGGCACUAUGAGCACCACUGACGAUGUCUUUCCCGAUUCGCCGGAUAGCAGCUUGUACGGUUCAGAAGAGGAGCAAGAGGAUCCAUUACAGUAUUGUCGUGGUGGUUAUCAUCCAGUCAUAAUUGGCGAUAUAUUUGACAAUCGUUUUCGUGUUGUGCGCAAGCUUGGUUGGGGACAUUUCUCCACGGUUUGGCUAUGCAGAGAUCUCAAGGACGAAAAAUACGUCGCACUGAAGGUGGUAAAGAGUGCACCGCAUUAUAUCGAAACGGCCGCCGAUGAGAUACGUCUACUCGAAGCUGUACGCGAUGCAGAUCCGCUUGAUAUGCGACGAGAACGCAUCGUACGACUGCUAAAUCAUUUUACGAUACGUGGCGUUAAUGGCAAACAUUAUUGUUUGGUUUUCGAAGCGCUUGGCUGCAGUUUAUACAAGUUAAUCGUAAAGAAUAACUAUCAGGGUUUGGCCAUAAGUCAAGUGCGCAACAUAAUCAAACAAGUAUUGGAGGGUUUGGAUUAUUUGCACACAAAAUGUAGUAUUAUACAUACGGAUAUUAAGCCUGAGAACAUAUUAUUGGUGAUCGAUAACGAGUCGGUGGUGAAUCAGCAAAUUGACGAUGAAAUCGCCAGUUUACGCGUGAAGGGUGCGGACUUUCCGGAUUCAUAUAUUAGUUCCAUUGAAAAGCAAGCGAAGAGUCGCAGUAAAUGGUCAAUGACCGACAUGAAUAUUUCAACAACAAACAGCACGGGUACGGGCAAUAAUUCCUCCGCGUCAUCCACGCCGCUGCCAACAACUACCGUUGCAACUGCAGCAAUGACAGCUGCGGCGAUAACGGCACUUAGCAAGGAUGACAGCAAUGCAACAUUUAAUACGAAUACGACUGCAUCCUCGUUAGCGUCUAAAUAUUCAGCCACUUUGAUAGGUGAAAAUGAUGGUGUAGGUGGCGGACGCGCUGGCACAGAGAGCCCUUCAAUAGGCGGUGGUACACCUUAUGCGACAACGGGCAAUAUAAAUAAUCGCUAUCGAGCCGAGAAGAAAAUCACUGCCAAGUCGAUCGAUGGUGACGGCAAUAUUGGUGACAUGAUAAGCACAACAACAACAACAACAACUACUACAACAACAACAACUACCACCGAAGCAAUCAAUGGCAUCGAAAUAUUAAGUUUAUUAAGUACAAAAAGUGAAAAUUUCGACGUUAAUAAUGCGUUGUCUCAAAUCACUACUCUAAACACCCAAGCACAAGCACCACACAAUGAACAACAACUACAACAGCAAAAACAACAGAUACUACUACCAUCACUCACAUCACAAGCACCUUCACUAGCUUUACCAACACAAGCACAAUCAUUAAUACAACAACAACAAGCAACAUCACAAAAUAACAACGAAGAUGUUAAAAAUAGCAAAAAUGCCGCUACCGAAAAGACCCAGUCCUAUACAAAUGCCAUACAAGCGUUGAUCAACAACACCAAUGUACGCGUUAAAAUUGCUGAUCUGGGAAAUGCCUGCUAUGACUAUCAUCAUUUCACUGAUGACAUACAAACGCGACAAUAUCGCUCCAUAGAGGUAUUGCUUGGCGCACCAUACACUUUCUCCGCUGAUAUUUGGAGUACAGCUUGUCUUGCCUUUGAGCUGGCGACCGGUGAUUAUCUCUUUGAUCCGCAUAUGGGCGAGACUUACUCACGCGAUGAAGAUCAUUUGGCGCACAUAAUUGAAUUACUAGGCGCCAUACCGCCUUCCGUGAUAUUUCGUGGCAGGCAUGGCCUCAAAUUCUUCACUAGUUAUGGCAGCUUGCGUAACAUUACGAAAUUGAAACCGUGGAGUCUAUUGAACGUACUCAUCGAAAAAUAUGACUGGGAUCCUAUAGAGGCUAAAAAAUUCUCUGAUUUUUUACUACCGAUGCUCGAAUACAAUCCCGUAAUACGCGCCUCAGCGGCCGAAUGCCUAAAUCAUCCCUGGCUGGAGCAGGAGGAAUUCGUUUGAAAUGUGACCAUACUCGUUUCACUUGUUGACUGAUUACCUAGCUGAAACGAACGCACAUACGCACAUAGUAGCUGUUGCAUGCAAUGGUGGCGGAUGCAGAGAGCGCAAACUAACUUUGGCGUUAGCCAAUUUAGCUGCAGACGUGCACGAGAGAGACUUGCACUUUCUCACAUUAUUAUUUAAACGUUAAGACUUUACACACAAAAAAAAAACAAAAACAAAAAUACAAAUAAACUAAAAUAAUAUGCGACCUAUAAAGUAGACAUUAAUAAGAUUUUUUAAUAUUAAAUGCAAAAUGCAAAUUAAAUUAAAUAAAGUUAAAAACGUAGCAUGACAAGUGAAAAAUUGUAAUAAUUAUUAUAUUGUCGGCAAAAAAUAAAAUAUACCUUUGAGUAAAAAAAAACUAAGCAUUGGUAACUAAAUUAGUGGAAACUUAAAAUAUGUUUGUUAAAGUAAGUUUUCUAUGGGAAAAUAAAAGAAAUUUAAAACUCCAAAGUAGCAUUAAUUCUGAAAUAUGUAUUAAAAGGCAAACAUUUUAAAUAAAAGACAAUUACAAAACUAUAAUAACAAAAAAUAAAAAUAAAUUGUAGGAUACCCUAACGACUUACCGACACUCAUAUUUGCAUAUAUAUACAUCAACCCGUAUACAUUUAUUAAAAAUAGCAUAUACUCAAAUGAAUUUUCGAAUCCACAUUUGCCUAACUGACUGACUUAUUUUUCAUAAACAAUUUAAUAAACUAAAAACUUAACGGCAACAGCGUAAUAUAAAUGAUAAAAUAUUAAAAAAAAAUAAUACAAAAUGGAGGAGUACAUAUGUACAAUGUUUUCAAAAAAGUUUACACAAACAAAUUGUGAGUACAUAAAAAGUGAGAAUUAAAAUUUUUAGAUCAAUAAAAGUGGGACUGGACUCAAUUUGCUAAAUAGUAUUUGAUAUGGUCACCAAAAGUGGUGAUAAUUUUAUAAUAAAAGCUGAGCAAAGUUUGGCGGAACUCAAAAUUGAACGCUAAAUUAUAUACAUACAUAUAUGUAUGUACUAUAUUAAACCAUUAAUCAAGUGUUUAGUCAACACUAAUGAUAUGUUCAAACCAAAACUUAUGCGCCUCAAAUCAAAAUUAGUCUACACACUAAACACGACUGUUCACAUUGUUGCUAUUAUCGUUGCUACAAUCAGACUGCACAAUUUUUUUUACUGUCAAUAGCAGCAGUGUUGGACCUACUUUUUGGUACUUUUUGAUGAACGUGCCAAUAGUUGGCGCUAAAUUUCAUAUAGUUUAAGUUUUCAUACUAGUUCGCGGUGAAGAAUUUAUGAAAUAACAAUUUUGUAUGGAAAUAUCUUGCUAAAUUGAGUAGAUAUGAAACUUAGUGCAAUCCACAGCGCUGAUCACGUGAUUAAGCUUUGGUUUGAGCAUGUUACAAGAAACUUAAGAUCAAAUAGCGUUAAUAUUAAAUUAAUGAAAUGAAACUCUCUUAAAUAUACUAUAUAUAACUGGCAAAAUCACAUGCAUACUUUUUCAUACCUAACAGCGGCAUAUUGCAGUGAGUUGCGUCGAUCAUGCGCAAAAUUUAAUUAAAUAAAUAAAAUAUAAUUCAUAAAUUAAUGUUUACAUACUUUAAAGGAAGUGUAGUGCAUAAUUAACUUUAUGUUUUUCGUACAAUUUUAUAGUAAAUAACAAAUAUAGUACCAAACAGGCAUACCCAUAAUCAUGAAAAAAAAUAAAUAUUACAGAAA